AUGGGGGAUGACAUCGACUGGCUGGACCUGCCGGGCAGGUGGACCUACGGCGUCUGCGGGGACGGGCGCAUCUUCUUCAUCAACGACGAGACCAAGUCCACGAGUUGGGUGCACCCCGGCACAGGCUACUCCAUCCAGAGCGGGCACUUCUCCUGCGCCGGGCUGCCCCGAGGCUGGGAGGUGGACACGACGCUGCACGGGGGCUUCUACUUCAUCAACCCCACCAGGUUUUACCCUGUGUCUCGCCGGGUGCCCGACUACUAUUCCCCCUACUCGCCCCAGUACCCCGAGGACUACCAGUACUACCCACCCGGGGUGCGCCCCGACAGCAUCUGCUCCAUGCCCGCCUACGAGCGGGUGAGCCCGCCCUGGGCGCUGGAGGACAAGCGGCAUUCCUUCCGCAACGGGGGCACCUACCAGCUCCGUGACUGGAAAGAGCACCCCGGGUUUGGCCGGCAAGACGUCCCGCUUUGGCUACCCGGUCCUGGGAGGCAACCGACCUACUUGGAUGAGGUGGAUGCAGCCUCGGGCUCUCUGCGACGAAUGUCGCUGCAGCCCCGUUCCCGCUCCGUGCCCCGCUCGCCCAGCCAGGGCUCCUACACCCGGGCGCGGGUCUACUCCCCGGUGCGCUCGCCCAGCGCCCGCUUCGAGCGGUUGCCGCCCCGGGGGGAUGAGAUUUACGCCGACCCCGCCACCUUCAUGAUGAGGCGAUCCAUCAGUUCUCCAAAGGUAAAUGCUCCGGCGGUGCCUGGGGUGCACAGGGUUGGAGGGGGCAGGGGUGUCAGGGGGUGUCUGGGGUGUCAGGGCAGGGAUGCUGCGGCGUAGCUUGUCCCCUUGGCAUGUACAGCCUGGCCUCAAAAUGCCACCAAGUCCAUGGUGUGCAGCAGCCGGUGGCUUUAGGUCCCCCUUUGCCAUCCUGCAAAGCUGCCCAGGUCGUGGUU